AUCAGUUCCUACGCGAUGUCAAAGUUCGCGGUCCGAGCCUUCAGUGAGAGUCUGAGGAAUGAAGUGAAACAGUUUGACAUCAAUGUUGUGGUGAUUGAGCCAUCGGUUUACAGCACCGGUUUGACUGAUUAUAACCUAUGGAUCGAUGACUUCCAGACCAAGUGGAAGGAAACCCCGGAAGACGUGCGAAGAGAUUACGGACCGGAAAAGUGUGAUGUAAUGCACGAACGGAUCAAUGCUGUCAUGUCUACGGCCAAAGACAGCCCUCAGGAUGUGGUCGACGCGAUGCUCGACUCCAUAACCACUGCUACGCCUAAACCCUAUUACUAUGUCUACGGAUUGGCCGAAAGGGCUAUAAUGACAGUCUUGGAGGCACUUCCGCCACAAUUCUCGGACUUAGCUCUCAGUGAAAAGCUAUACUUCCCUUUAAUUAAGUUCUUUAAGAAUAAGAACAGAAUCUAAUCAUUAAAUUCAUGCAAUUCUUAACAUAUUCUUUGUCGACAAGAAUUGACAAAUUUUUUGCAAUAAAUUGAUUUUUUAUAAACGAUUAA